UAUGACGAUAUAAGUUUGCCAAAAUCUGCUACCAUUUGCUAUACUUCAGCAUUGCUCAAAGCCAGAGCUGUUGCCGAUAAGUUUUGUCCUAACAUAGCCAGUAAAAGAGGUUUAACUGCUAACGAAAUGGCAGCCGUUGAAGCAAUUCACAGAGCCGUAGAAUUUAAUCCUCAUGUACCUAAGUAUUUAUUAGAAUCUAAACCGUUAAUAUUGCCACCGGAACACAUUCUUAAAAGAGGAGAUUCCGAAGCGAUUGCUUAUGCAUUUUUUCAUUUGCCACAUUGGAAAAAUGUCGAUGGAGCUUUGAAUCUUUUACAUUGCACAUGGGAAGGAACAUUUAGAAUGCUUCCAUAUCCAUUAGAAAAAGGUCAUUUAUUUUAUCCAUAUCCAACGUGUACCGAAUGUGCCGAUCGUGAACUUUUACCCUCUUUUCACGAUGUGAGCGUUUAUCCUAAGAAAGAACUUCCAUUUUUCAUUUUAUUUACUGCCGGUUUAUGUACUUUUACAGCAAUUUUAGCUUUUCUCACACAUCAAUAUCCCCAACCGAUGGGUAUGAUAGUUCGUGCUAUACUCGCUUGGUUUUCUGUUCCGAUCAAUUACCUGUGGGAUAAAUUGGAAACUUCAAUGCCGUCAAAUUUGCUUCAACAUUUAUCGUUGAUAUAA